CAAAAACUUACAAAUGCGGAACAGUAGGCUAUUUAUAUUAAGUUCUCCUUUCUGCGUUGUAUGUUCAAAUGAACCCCACGAGGUGUGUCAUAAAUAUAAAGAAUUAACUGUGUUUCUUUGAAGCUGUUAGAAGACCCAAUAUGGCUGCUGCUUGUGAAAAUAUUCUCCAGUAUUUCAACUUGGAGCCAAUACAAGAUGAAGGCAUUCUUUCAACAAUAUUCCAUGGACGUGAGACGACCUUAACAGAGGCUGCACGAUUACGGCUGUGGAUGGCCGUGAUUCCAGAAAACAUCAUGAGUCUUAUUACUACAGCACUGAAACAAGAGGUUCCCUUUCUGCCGCCUGAUCUCACCCCGGAGAUGAUGACGUCUCCUAAUGAAGCUGUCCCGGGUCUUAACCAUCUGGAAAUUCUUUAUUAUUGUUUAGCUGAAGCAGUUCAGGCAGAAGAUUAUGACACUGCGGCUGCUAUUGCAUAUGUUGCUGACAGGGCAGCUUACAGAUUUGGUUCAUCCAGAGCCCUGCUGAAGGUUGUAGAUCUCAUCAUGUUCAAAUCUCCAGAAACCCCCGUUGCUCCCCAGGUGGUAAUUCGCAAAGCACGUAUCAUGAAGGAUGAUGGAGAUUUACACGGAUCGAUGAAAGUUCUUGAUGCUGUCAUUUCCAAACAAAGAAAAUGGGAAUACAAGACAGAAGACCAGUACACAAAUGUCAAGGCUGUGUGUGUGCAGGUCAAAGGUCAAAUACUGCACAACCUUGGUCUGUGGAAAGAGGCCAUAGAUCCCCUGGUUGAAUCUGUCGAUUCAUUCAACGUGCUGCAUGACGACAAAGGAACCUCGUCGUCACUCGGACUUCUCACUCGAUGUCUCAACAAACUGUCAGUGCAGGACUUUUCUCAGGUGAAACACAAGUUUCCGCAACAUUUCCGAACAAGCCAUCCGUGUUAUGAGGCCUAUGUGCAAGGAGUGGAGGCAGUGCGAUACAUAGAGAAUCUUGGACAGACUUUCUUUCUCUGCAAACAUCAGUUAGUGGCAGAAGAAUCUUUGCUGAUGUUUGCUAUCCAGCAGCCAUCGGUGCAGGAGGAGUACCAGUGGUUUCAGAAGAUCGUCGACAAAGUCACACAAAGUCUAGCUGGUCACCAGAAGGUUGACUUUCUGAAAAGUGCUGAAGUGUUCUUCGAGUUCGUCCGAGCAGUAUUCAUGAUCAGUCUCACUCUGUGGUACUCGCCUGUUGAAGAGGACAGAGCGCUGUCCAGAUACUGCGAACAGCUCAGCUUAGAGCUGUACCGGUAUCUUUGUGACCAGAGCAAAAACACUGUGAAGCACACCAGACGUUCCGUGCACCUCAUGAACACUGCACUGAGUUUUUUGCGACUCCCUCCACUACAGGGAAGUGAAGCAUAUGUCACUGAGGUCUCCUCUUCAACUGCAUCCAUGGAAUCAGGUUCAUCGGAAAAGCUGGAGGAAAAACAAUCAGAGAAAUGCAGUUCCACAGAAAAGAGACUUAAAGUGAAGGGUGAUGGUGAUGGUGAUGGUGGGUCGGGGGAUGUCGUUUCUGAACGGACUUCAUCCAGUGCAGUUAACAUUGCCAGUGAUGGUGCUGUGAUGUACUCGGCCCACAAAACUGAAGGAGCUAUCAGCAGUGGUGCUGCAACAUCCCCAGCUCCCAAGGACAGGCAUCAAUCUUCAACAUUCCCAGCUGCUUCAUCAAAGACGAGGUACAUGAAUCAGUUUCCGAGAAAGCCGAUACAGAAAUUUGUUGGCCUUCCCAUCUCUCAUGACGCGAUGCUGUCAUCAAGUUACACAUCCAGUGUGAGUCAAGGUGAUGAGUCGGACUCAGAGGAGGAGGAUAAUGUUGUGGGGGACGCACCUGCAGUCAUCAAUCUCUCGGUAACUCAGAUUACCAAAGUCAGCAAGUCGCUGGGUAAGGGUAAAAAAACCAACACUGGUAAAUCUUUGGCAGCCAUCAGGUAUUUGUCCAAGCAGGCUGAAGAAGGUAUCUGUGAAGAGAACUCAUCAUCUGAAGCUGCAAACCUCUCUAAAUCCACAAAGAGUAGCAGUUCUGCAUAUGAACACACCACAGAUAGCAGCUCUGGAAAGUCUUCAUCUUUGGUCGACUUUGAUGCAACAACCAAAAGCAGUUUUGAAAGCACUGGUAGUGAUGUGGUAAACAGUAGCAGCUCGGAAAAGUCUUCAUCACUAGCCGACUUUGAUGCAACAACCAAAAGCAGCUGUGACACCACAGACAGUGACGUGGCGAAGAGUAGCAGCACAGACAGCAGUGGUGGCUUGUCUCCCUUGGUGGAUCUAACUGGCACUACAGUGGACACUGAUACUCUCGACAGUCUGGAGCUUGGGGAGAGUGUCAGGUCAGGUGAGGACCUCUCGGACUAUUUGAAGAAGUGGACACCUCCUUUAUCAGAUGGACAAAAUGAACCAAAAGUGUACAGAGGUGAAUUAUUUACCUACGACCCUGUGACCGGCAACUGGACAAAACAAAGUACGAUUGUCCAUCAGAGCACCGAGCUUGAAAUCCCUACAGGAAAAAAGGGAAAAUGCAGAGAUGUGUUUCACAUUCAAUUUCUUCAUCAAGACGAACCUCUUGGAAAGUAUGUCUGUAAGCGCUACAAAAAACAGCGCGCUCCACAUCGAUACCUGCAGGAUGUCAUCUGUCAGAUGACCGCUGGCUACUAUGUGACGAAGUUCAACCAGAUGUUACAAAGCUACAAAACUGAAAUACAGGUUCAAUUUCUUCCUGCCGCCCACUUACAACUACUCUCCCAGGAUGGCACCCUGGUGGACUGGGUGAACGUGGAGCCUUUCCUGAGUGGGAGUUUCAACAAGCUCACCAACAACCUGGCUUACUUCAGUGUGGUGGGGCGGGAACUAGCGACCGCACUCAGCCAUUUCUCAUACUGCGAAUCAGGAAAGGUUCUGAUGAUUGUCGACUUGCAAGGCUGGCUCCCUGCUGACAACAGUGGAAUAAUCUACCUGACGGACCCACAGUUCAACACACAGGGCAUUGAGCGAUUCAGUCCCUACGAUCAACAAGAAAAGGGAAUGAAGGCAUUCUGGAGUACGGUUCAUCCCGAAUGUAACGAUAUCUGCAGAUUUCUUAAACUCAAUCGUCCUAAUUAAGGCAGUACGCCUUGUACGCUUGUUUAAAAUAAUUAAUGUCGUAAGAAGUCAAAUUAUGAGACAAAACUUGAUUUUGCUGCCAUUGUAAGAUGUUAAUGUUAAAUAUGGUACAAUUUCUUCUUUAAAGUAAGGGACAAUUAACCUUCAGACUACUGCAGGCGAGAUAUCUCGCCUGACAUCACGCCAGUCAACAUACUGUACACUGUAUACAGUGCAUUCCUCAAUUCAUAUUUUCCAUUGUUUUGCACAUGACACUCACCAGAAAGACUUGUAUAACAGGAAACAGAAGUCAACCCAACUUCCUGUAUCUUUAGGUUUUCUUUUUCUUUGGAAAAUAACUUGUAAUUUUGAGUUGACAACAAUGGCGGCACGUCACGGUAAUUUUCAGGGAUCGAUAGCCGAUUGUGACAGCUAAUUUGAUAAUAAAUUUGAUUGUUUUACCAACAACAAAAAUCACAAAAAUAUUGGGAUAUGAAUCGUAGUUUGUUUUUUCGGGAAUAAUAGACAUAAAUAUCGGGAAUAAUAGACACAAAUACUGGACAACUUUAUUUUAUGUAUUUAUAAAUUAUUUAAGUGAAUAUAUGCGCAUAAAAAUUAUAAACUUGUACCCACUCAACAUGGUUUUUGUCCAAAAUUAAUCCAGUAGUCUGAAGGUCAAGGCAU